UACUUUUCUUCCAAAUUUAAACUUGUUAAUUCUAUUGGCUGAGAAAGAUAGCCUAGGGCUAGGACCUAGAGGAAGGGAUUGCAAUAAGCAUAAGGACAGAGUCUAUUGGUGGAGGAUGCAAAGUACAUGGGGCCUCUUUCAUAGGGAUGUGUACUAUUCACUUCAGGACUAGGGCCCAAAGGAUAUUGGGGGGAUUCAGAUGGAGGCAGGCUCCUAAUGGAAUAGCAAAUGUUCUUCCUAGGCAUGAGCCUGCCCUUGGUCAGCCAGCUAGAGGACUCAGUUUAGUCUCUCUUUUUUUUUGUUUUAUUUUGUUUUGUUUUUGAGACAGGGUUUCUCUGUGUAGCUUUGGAGCCUGUCCUGACACUCACUCUGUAGACCAAGCUGGCUUUGAGACUCAGUUUAGUCUUAAUUAGCUUAAUAAAGCAUCUGUAAUUUUCUCAUGUGGAUUGUUUCUCCUGCAAUCCAACUACAAAGAUUUUCCAUAUCUCCCUCUCUGAGAUGAUAUACAGGUCCUUCGCUGAAGUUUUGCAUGAACUCAGGCUCUUCUGUUGCCUCCAUACACAGAAUUUACUGGUUGAAGUCCCUGAGUUUGUUUCUGAACUACUGGGAGAGUAGUUCAGAAGCUCAUCUAUUAACAUUUCCAGCCCACAGACAAUUCUUUCUGAUGUGGUGUUUUACAGUAAGAAUGACAAGUGGAAAAGUCCCUGUGACAAACACACAUUAGAAUGGGGGCCCUCAUCCUGAGGACAGUGCUUGUUGGAGUAGUUACUCUGUGUACUCCCUGCAUAGCUAUCAUCGCCAUGGGAUAUUUAAGAUCACAGUCAUCCUACAAGGAAACGCAAGAUUUUCAUCAGUUUUGUGCUCAAACUCUCUGGAGGAAUUACAGCAUGACAGCCAUCAGUAAUAGCAGUUCACUCUGGCAUUGGUAGCUUGACAAAGUAACUACUCUGGCUGUCCUCCCUAUCUUUGUGCCGUGUUAAGAAGCCACAACCCAGCUCUUGGAAGUGGGAGCUGGGCUCUUCUCCCUGUGUGCAAUGCUAAAUGAAUCGAAGAAAUCCAGCUGCCAGUGUGUCUAGUUUCUAGAAAGUCACUCUCUUCAACUGUGAGCUCUCCAGCUGUGUCCCUGGCUGUGAUAUUGCCGUGAGCUUCUUUUUAAACUUUCACAGAUAACAGAAUCUGUCACUGGAGUAGUGCUGUUAGAGAGACAGGAAGCAACCUCUCACUUGACUGAUGACAUUUUGAGCUGUCUCCAGCUGAAUUCUGGAACAAUGCAGACCUUGGCACUGUGGAUGCUCCCUCUACUCUGCAAAUUCAGCCUGGCAGUCCUGCCAGCUAAGCCUGAGAACAUUUCCUGCGUCUUAUACUUUGGCAGAAGUUUGACUUGCACUUGGAGUCCAGAGGAGGAAACGGGUGAUACCAACUACACUGUGAGGAUGACUUACUCCUUUGGAAAAAGCAGUUGCACUAAUCACACUACAAAGGCGUCACAUUCUUUUCUCCGUCCGUGUAUAGUAUUACCCCCAGAUAUCUGCACUGUUGAAGUAGAAGCUCAAAAUGGAGAUGGGAAAGUGAAAUCUGACAUCACAAGCUGGAACUUGGACCACAUACUGAAAACUGAACCACCUAUAAUUCUAAGUGUGAAUCCAAUUUCAAACCAAAUGUUCCAGAUAUGGUGGAAACCCUUGGAAAGGCUUCGUUUGUAUCAUCUAAGGUGCACACUUCGUUUCAGGACUGUUAACAGUACCCACUGGACAGAAGUCGAUUUUGAAGAUCAUGACUUGGUCUACAACCUCACAGGUCUUCGGGCUUUCACGGAAUAUGUUAUAGCUCUACGAUUCAGAACCAGCGAGUCAAGAUUUUGGAGCAACUGGAGUAAAGAAAAAACUGGGAUGACUAUGGAGGAAGUUCCACAUAUCCUGGACCUGUGGAGAGUCCUGGGACCAGCAGAUGUGAAUGGAGUGAGGAAGGUGCUAUUGCUGUGGAAGAAGGCAAAAGGAGCCCCAGUCUUGGAGAGAACACUUGGCUAUAACAUACAGUACUUUCCAGAAAACAGCACCAACCUCACCGAGAUAAACAAUGUCACUAAGCAGCGGUAUGAACUACUUCUGACGGGCCAGGCACACUGUGUGUCUGUGACUUCUUUUAAUUCUCUUGGGAAGUCCCAAGAGGCCAUCCUGAGGAUCCCGGCUGUUCAUGAGGAGACCAUCCAGUGCAUCGAAAGCAUGCAGGCCUACCUUGCUGAGCCCCUGCUGGUGCUGGAGUGGGAGAGCUCCAUUCCAGAGGUGGACACUUGGAUGGUGGAGUGGCUCCCAGAAACCACGGAGUCAAAGUUCUCUGCCCUUUCCUGGGAAUCUGUGUCUCAGGUCACAAACUGGACCAUAGAGCAAGAGAAAUUACAGCCUUCCAUAUGCUAUAAUAUAUCAGUGUAUCCAGUGUUGGGACAACAAGUGGGACAGCCAUAUACAGUCCAAGCUUAUGCCAAAGAAGAAGUUCCAGUAAGAGGUCCUGAGACCAGGGUGGAGAACAUCGGUUUGAAGACAGCCACAAUCGUAUGGCAAGAGAUUCCCAAGAAUAUUAGAAAUGGAUUUAUCAACAGCUACACUGUAUUUUACCAAGCUGAAGGUGGAAAAGAAUUCUCAAAGACAGUUAACUCCCAUGUCCUGCAAUAUGACCUGGAGUCCCUGACACGAAGGACCUCCUAUACUGUUUGGGUUGUGGCCAACACUGGAGCUGGGGGAGCCCGUGGGGAAACAAUAAACUUCAGGACCUCGUCAAUCAGUGUCUUGGAAAUUAUCCUCUUAACAUCUCUGGUUGGAGGAGGCCUUCUUCUACUUAGCAUCUUCACAGUGACUUCUGGUCUCAAAAAGCCAAACAGGUUGACUGGUCUGUGUUGUCCUGCUGUUCCCAACCCUGCUGAAAGUAGUUUAGCCACAUGGAUUGGAGAUAAUUUCAAGGGGAGAUCAAGUCCAAAGGAGUCUGAAAACUCUGGGAACACAGAAGACAGGGCCUUAAAACCAUGUUCUGUCCCUGCCGACCUCAUUGACAAGUUGGUGGUAAACUUCGAGAAUUUUCUGGAAGUUGUUUGCACAGAAGAAGCUAAAAAAGGUCAGGAGAGCAUUUUGGGAGGAGAGACAAAUGAGUAUGUUACCUCUCCGUCUAGGCCUGACUGUCCCCUGGGGGAAAGUUUUAAGGAGUCCCCAGUUUUAACUGAGGUUGCUCCUGGAGACAUCCACAACCAGUGUUUGGGAAUGACAGAAGAGACAUACACAGAAUUCAACGAGCAACCUCUGUCUUCCGAUCACAGUCCCGAACCAGAGCCUCUCUGUGAGGAGCAAGCUCCAAAUCCAUAUCUGAAGAAUUCAGUGACGACCAGGGAGUUUCUUGUGCAUGGAAAUAUCCCGGAGCACAGCAAGAGAGAAAUCUAAGUGCUGCUGUGAUGUGAGGCCCUCUGAGACUGAGUGGCUCCCUUCCCUAGCAAAGACAUCGAGACUUCCAGAAGCCCUCUUUGGCCCCUCCCUGUUCAUUUUGCUGCUAAGCUGCCUGGAACUUGGUGACACAGAUGUUAACUGGUGCCGAGAAGAAGAGAGUCCUUUACAGGGAAAAGUAGUCAUUUUGUUCUGAGCACUCUCACCCGGGCCCCUUGAGAUGAUGGCUUCGAGAGAAGGACCGAGCUUUGGAGCUUAAGGGACCCCCUGAGAUGGACUUGUCUAGUCUUAUUCCCAGGAACCGAGUUGCUCCUGCCAUUGUCAAAGCUUCCCUCAAGGUUCUUGAUUCUCCACCUUUUCCCACCUUGUCCCUGAGCAAUUUCUCAGAGGUCAGGAAGUGGAGUGGAUUCCUCAAAGUUUGCCAGGCUCCUCAGCCCUUCCUCCCUCUCAAGGGUCUUUAUCAGUGCCCUUCCAGGGACUCUUCAUCACCAACUUAUAUUUAGUUUAUUUUGCAACACUGGGGGGUUAAACCCAGAGGGUCUUGUUUGUGCUAGGCAACUGCUCUACCCUUCCCAUUCACCCCAAGGUUAGUACACAUUGACUGCUGGUACAUCAAGAAAUUUGAGAACUCUCCAGAAAGACACCAGCAUGGACUAUGGGCUAGGUAACAGAUCUGCCUGCUCUGUAAGCCGUUUCCCAGCUCUUGAUGCUCUUCUGUCUGUGCUAUUCCUGGUAGUAGAAGGCACCAAACAUUGUAGUGACUUUUGUUCAGAGACACCGCCCCUCACACUGGCUUGGAGUCCAGGAAUGCUUACUGAGUAGACCCUAAAAGGUCUCUUCCAGCCACGCAAAUCAGGGCCUGGGAACAUGCAGUGCUCAGCGACUCUAUUGCUGUGUCCUGAGGACCAUUGUGCUUUGCUAUAGCCAAGCACAGAACUUGUCACAAGAGAGAGGAGUCACCCUGGUGUAUUUGUUUAGUCCUGGGGAACUGUGUGGCUGUGCACAGUGGAUCAGGUCACUGGGAAGCUGAGAAAAUCACAGUGGGCUAGGUGAUGAGUGAGUGGCAGGAGGUACAAAGUCAUACACAGCCACCAAGCCUAGAAAAGUUUGAGUAGGCAGUGCUUGGAUUGCAGACAUAAAUUUCAUAAACCAUCAAUUCAUGUGUGCAAAUGCAUUGCUUUACUUUCCUCUAACUAGAAAUAAUCUCUAGCCCAAGACCCUGACAUUUCAAAAUAAUGAAAGACCAAUUCUCCUGUCAAGACUUGGCCUCCCCAGUCCUCCCUGGAACUGAAUCUGAGGAUGGCCAGGAAGGUAGCACCUGCAGGACUGCACUGGAAGUCUUCUCCAGUCAUUUGUUUAUCCACAUACAGUUUGAUCAGUAGACUCUGCCCUGUUGAAUCAUCAGCCACUUUUCUUGGUUGCAGUUUUACUUUGGGCACAGGAAGUCAAGGCUCUCUCCUUCCAUAGGCCAUUUAAGAUGUGAGUCCCUGUGUCUCAGUGGCUGUAGUUUUCCCCAAUCCUGCUCUUUGUCCAUGGUUUAUACAGUGACUUUUUAUAGAUUAGGAAAUCAGGGAGAGACAUGAGGGAGCCAGGACUCUCACUUAAGUCCCUUGUCUUGCUGGAUAGUGACUUAACAGAAGGGCUAUUUGCCCCCAGGGGGCUGCCCUGUUCCCUCACUGCUGUGUAGCUCUGCCACUCUCCUGGGAAUCUCUGACUGGGGAGGGAUAACCAGGGACAAUCCCACACCUCUUCUCUCAGAUCCUGUGGGAGGGAGGUUAGUGGAGCUGGCAGUCCCAAAGGGGUCAUGGGAAAAAGACAUGGUGAGGCUUUUGAAUCUAAAGCCCAUGAAUGGGGGUGGCAUGCACACACACGCACGCACACACACACACGCACGCACGCACGCACGCACGCACGCACGCACGCACGCACGCACGCACGCACGCACAUGAGAUGCCUUCUGCCUGCCCUGCUCCAUUACUGAUGGCAGCAGCAUCUUGGUGUUUUUUGCCCUGCUGUCCUGCCCCCUCCUCUGUUUCAUUUUAGUCUUCCUGGUUUGCCUCCAGUCCACCUUCCCCUCUUUCCAGGCUCUCUGAGCGGCCUCCAACUCUCUAUUUCUUUUCACUGCUUUCUUUGCUUCUCAGCCACCUUGUGCCAUACCCCAUAUUUACCUUUGUUGGGCAGGAUCAUUGAAAGCCCUGUGUUGUUCCAAGUGGGCCUCAGCUCUAGGGACAGUUGGUUUUCCUUUCACACUGAGUUUUUCAGGAGGAAUCACAGGAUGCAGGUUCAGAAGCCAUGCUGGCCUCUCCUGGAUCAAAGCACCACAUCCAUCCACUCUCAGCAUCCAGGGGGUUGCCUCCAUGAGUAGAGAAGGCCAUCUGUGUUUUCUCUUUACUGUCAAAGAAGAAGAAUGCCGGGAGGGCUCAGGGAAGUCAUUAAGUGGCAAACUCAGUAAGAAAUGAUGAAAUUCAUGAUAAAGAGCUUUCCAGGACCCUUGGAGCCAUGAAACAGCUAGAUUAAUGCCAUCCAUGGCCUUCCAUUUACAAUAAUAGAAAACAAUAGAAACCAAAAAGUGGUGCAUCCCAGGAGGCAGUACCAUGAAGAGCUGCAAUACUAGACCCCCCAAGGGGUGUGGUGGGGCUUAAGACGGGAGGGGUGAGAAAGGAAUUGCAGUAAGGAUCCCUCCCAGUGUGUGUGCAGCAUGUGCCUAACCACUGGCUCCAGCCCAUCAUCUUUCCAUCAAGCUCUUAGCUAUAGCAGAUGGCUAGGUAACCUGUAGUCCAAGAUUCUCAGACUGCGUCUCUUCCCAGACCAAUUUUGGUGCCGUUUGAAUAGAGCUAUAAGCUAAUAGUGAUGUUGGCAUUUUUAAAUGGUUGGAAACAAAAAUCAAUGGAAGAAUAUUUUAUGAUGUGAAAGUAUAUAAAAUUAAAUUUUCACUGCUUGCAAAUGAA